UCUAUUGGAGACGGGCUGUACAGGGGUUAAGACAGGAAACUGAGCACUGGAGAUCAGGGUUGCUUUCACGGAAAAGCCCAUCCUGUCACACCCAGUCCUGGUUUCAGCACGGCCGGAUCUCAGCAAUCCCUCCUGUACCUCGCACUUUGUCAUCCCCACAUCUCCUGUUACAUUGCAGCGUUUUUUUGAAAAGCACUCAUCCUCAAUAAAUAUUCAACCACCGUUCCCACAGCUGUUCUGAAACACGUUUCAUUUCCCAGUAUCAGACUGUCUCAGGCUCUGCAUUCUUGGUUCAUUCAGAUUUAUUUAAUCCCUGCUCUUGGGGAAAUUGGAAGCUGGGGACCCUUCCCCCUUGCAGUACAGCUGCUGUGAUUAAUAUCCCUUCCUCAGUGGAGUUGCUGUGUGUUCAGUGGGCAAACUCUGUACUGCAGGAGUUCAGCAGGUCAUCGAAAGUGAAAGUAAUUUGAACCAGGAAGUGUUGUUUGUGUAAAAUGGCUUUCGGACAGCAGGUAGAGAGUUUAACGGAGGAGGUACUUUGUCCCUUCUGCCUUGUUUUCUUCACCAAUCCAGUUACCCUGGGCUGUGGACACAACUUCUGCCUCUCCUGUAUCACACAGUGUUGGGAAAAGGAGGGGAGAAACUGCUGUCCGGAAUGUAGACAGGAGUUUGCAGACAGAUCCCUCAGGGUAAAUCGGGCCCUGGCAAGUCUGGCUGAAAAAGUUCAAAAAUUAAACCUGAAUUGGAAAGAGACGGAGAUGAGAUCUCAGUGUGAGAAACAUCGGGAGGAACUGAAGCUGUUUUGUGACACGGACAAGCAACUGGUCUGUGUGAUUUGUAGAGACGCGAGGGAACACAGGUCUCACAGCUUCAUGCCGAUUGAAGAAGCUGCGGAGAUUUACAAGUGUCAAGUUAAAUCAUCGUUCGAAUCUCUGACAGAGAAGAAAUCUGCCAUCCAGGAGUUGGAACGGCGACAGAAACAGCAGAUUUCUGGAGUGAGGGGUAACAUCAACCACCACCUUUCAUUUGACAGGAACAGUCACACAGUCUGCAGGCCAACGUCACAUCUGAAUUUGCUAAAAUACACCAGGUUCUGGCUGAGAGAGAGCAGCGCCUACUGAGUGAUCUCAGGGCAGAGGAGGAGAAGAUUCUGAACACCAUGGAGAAAAAUCUUCAGGAGAUUGAAGAGAAUUUAACCUCUGUAGAGGAGAAACUCUCCAAGUUACAGAAACAGAUGAAUGAGGAAGACAGUGCGACGUUUCUGAAGGAGGAGUUGUGUCAGGACAGGAGGGUUAGUGAAGAAGCUCCGACAUUGUCUGUAACAGAAGGUGCCGUAACCAUCGGAGAAUUCAGGGACACAAUAUUGAGAGGGAUGUUUGAUGCCAUGAAGCAAGUCUGCGAGACCCUGGAUGUGGAAUCGGCCAGUACGUGCCUCAAAGGGUCUGAGGAUCUGAAUGGUGUGAGAGGGACCGGGACCCAGAAGAGUCUCUCUGACACCGGGGACAGUGAGGAGUACAAUAAACGUGGAGAUUGGGGAAUGAAACUGUUGUCUGAGGCUCUGAGGGACCCGGAGUGUAAAAUACAGAAACUGGGGUUGACAGCUGAUCAUUUCACAUCUGAGUUUGAGCACUUCAUCUCCGAUCUCAGUACAAACCACUCACUGAGAGAGGUGGAGCUGGACCUGAGUUACAGUGAAUUGGGAGAUUGGGGAAUUAAACUGUUGUCUGAGACUCUGAGAAAGCUGAAGUGUAAAAUACAGAAACUGGGUUUAGAUUCUGUAGGUCUCACAGCUGCUGGUGUUGUGGAUCUCACCUCUGCUCUCAGUACAAACCGUUCACUGGCGGAGCUGGACCUGGGUUAUAAUGAACUGGGAGAUUCAGGAGUGAAGCUGGUGUUUGAGGCUCUGAGGAACCCAGGGUGUAAAAUACAGAAGCUUGAUCUGGAGUCUGUCGGUCUCACAGCUGCUGGAGUUGUGGAUCUCACCUCUGCUCUCAGUACAAACCGCUCACUGACUGAGUUGGACCUACGUGAUAAUGAACUGGGAGAUUCAGGAGUGAAACUGGUGUCUGAGGCUCUGAGGAACCCAGGGUGUAAAAUACAGAAUCUGUGUCUGGUGUCUGUCGGUCUCACAGCUGCUGGUGUUGGGCAUCUCGCGUCCGCUCUCAGUACAAACCGCCCACUGAUGGAGCUGGACCUGGGCGAUAAUGAACUGGGAGAUUCAGGAGUGAAACUGUUGUCUGCGGCUCUGAGGAAGCCAGAGUGUAAAAUACAGAAACUGGUACUCAGUUGGACUGGCCUUACAGAUUCUGGCAUCGAGGAUCUCGUCUCUGGUCUAAUUGCAAAACACUCACUGAGGGAAUUGGAGCUGGAUUCAAACAACCUCACAGACCGAUCUGUCUCUGUUCUCCACCACCUCAUAGUGACCCACCCAUGUCUCGAGCAGAUUAAACUGUGGGGGAAUCUGUUCAGUUCAGAUGGAGAAAACAAGCUGAAGUCGCUGGAGGGAACCAGACCCGGACUGAGAGUGAUUAUCUGAACAUUCCACUGUGUGUACAUCACCACCCCCUGGGGUCAGAACAUUUCUCUCUGAUUUCCCAGCCUCCCCUUUAAUACCAAACGUCCCAACUGGAUCCGAGAUCGUGUCCCCUCCCGUUGCGAAGUCAGAUGCCUGGAUGCAGUGUUGUCGUCGAUCAGAAUCAGGUUUAAUAUCACUGGCAUUUGUCAUGGGGCAUCAGUAAAAUACAAUACCUCAUAAGACUGUAAAUUACAGCAAUCAGUGUAUGUCUGUGUGUUUGUAUAUAUAUUUAUUUCCGAAGAUUAUUGCAAAAAGAGGAAACAUAAGCCGUAACGUUGUGUUAAUGGGUUCAAUGUCCAGCAGAAAUCUGAUGGCAGAGGGGAAGAAGCUGAAUCGUUGAGUGUGAGCCUAACCCUAACCCUAACCACCUUCCUGAUGAAAAGACGGCAUGUCCUGGAUGAUGGGGUCCUUUAUGUUGGAUGCCGCCUUUUCGGGGCAUUGUCCCUUGUAGGUGUCUUUGAAAUACCCAUGGUGGAGUUCACUGAGUUUACAACUUUCUGCAGCUGAUUUCAAUCCUGUGCGUUGGCCCCUCCCUCUCCAUACUAGUCUGUUAGAAUGCUCUCCACGGUACACCUGUAGAAAUCUCCUCAAACUCCUAGUGUGAAUGAUGGGGUUCACUGAGUUUACAACUUUCUGCAGCUGAUUUCAAUCCUGUGCGUUGGCCCCUCCCUCUCCAUACUAGUCUGUUAGAAUGCUCUCCACGGUACACCUGUAGAAAUCUCCUCAAACUCCUAGUGUGAAUGAUGGGGUUCACUGAGUUUACAACUUUCGGCAGCUGAUUUCAAUCCUGUGCGUUGGCCCCUCCCUCUCCAUACUAGUCUGUUAGAAUGCUCUCCACGGUACACCUGUAGAAAUCUCCUCAAACUCCUAGCGUGAAUGAUGGGGUUCACUGAGUUUACAACUUUCUGCAGCUGAUUUCAAUCCUGUGCGUUGGCCCCUCCCUCUCCAUACUAGUCUGUUAGAAUGCUCUCCACGGUACACCUGUAGAAAUCUCCUCAAACUCCUAGUGUGAAUGAUGGAGUUCACUGAGUUUACAACUUUCUGCAGCUGAUUUCAAUCCUGUGCGUUGGCCCCUCCCUCUCCAUACUAGUCUGUUAGAAUGCUCUCCACUGGGUGUAGAGAGAGUAGAGCACUGGGCUAGACAGACAUCCUUGAGGUGUGGAUUAUCAGUGAGGUGGAGAUGUUAUUUCUGCUUUGCAUGGACUGUGGUCUUCCAGUGAGGAAAUCGAGGUACAGAGGCCCAGAUUAUUGAUGACUGGCUGUGGGUUAAACACCGAGGUGUAGCCAAUAACCAGCAUCCCGACAGAGGUAUUUGUAUUGAUCAAGGCCACAUGUAAGAUCACAUCGGCUACAGACAUAUUGUGGUGACAGGCAAAGGGUUUGUGGAAAUAUAUCUGUAAUCCUGAAGUCUUAAUGAAUUUGUCACUUAUGUGUAAUGUGACAGAAUGGAACCCAUGAGAUCUCAAGGUGCUUUGCCGGUUUGGAUGGGAAGCUUUACAAGUCUGUGUGUUCAUUACUAUGACAGGAGAUUUGUUAUACGGAUGGGGGCAUGUUUUGACAACGGGUAAACAGGACAGAGCUUCCGAAGGUCAAAUGUCCCGACUCGUUAAGGAUGAAGAUAGCAGUAAUGUUAUGGAAUGGACCAAACUAAUUACUGUUCUCUGUAAACACUAUAAAACUGCUUUGCUUGAGGUAUAGCACUGAAGAUGUUUUCCAGAUGAUACUUGGCUGCAAAAUAGAACUUCCCUUGCAAGUAAAAUAAUUUGAUCCACUCUGAAAUUGUUAUAGUUUGUUACAUUAUAUUAGAAGGCCGAGUUGAAUGGUGCAUGACAGAAUCUGGAAGUUCCACCAGGAUUCACUGCUCUAGAUUCAACAGCUCACCGUCUCACUUUUGUCCUAUACACUGCGAUCGAUGCUAUGGUGUUGUGUGGGUCAGUUUUCUCGUCAUGACUCCCAACGCAUUCAGUAUGACGAUAGAAACUUUUUGAGUAAGGAAAGAGGUGAAGAUUUUGGCCGACGUGGCAUCUGGGACGUGUGGAAGAGAUGUGCACAAAUGCAUUGGAUGGUUUUAGUGUUGGGGACACUUAUGUAGGUCAACUUAACAUCGGGAAUGUGUGAAAUUUUACUGAGAAAGGAAAUUAGUGAACCAUCCAAUAAUGAAAAGGUGUCAGGGACACCAGGUGCUGGAACUAAAUACUAAAAUUUUAUUAAAUCCGACAGGAAUGUUGUAGUGAGAACUGGUCAUUUGAUGGAAUAUUGGAAACUGUAAAUAGAACAAAAUAAGGAUAAAGUAAAAGGUGGGACAGGUGCAUCUUUCCCUGAUCCAGAAAGUGAAAUCAGCACAUGAAAAGAAAUGUAACACUGGAAAUCAUACGAUGUGUUUAAAGCAGACACAAGGCUGCAGAGCCAGUUUGCUGCACAGAGAGCAAUAGUUUGGAUCUGAAAGAAGGGGGUGACGAUGAAUAUGGAAGUGUGGAUUGGAGUGAUGUAGCAGAUAAGGUGAAGAACGUGUGGAGUUUAGGACGAUGGUGACUCCUUUGCCACCUCUAUUUCUAUCUUCAAUAUCUCUAUUUUUUCCCUUUUCAAGUUUCUUCUGAAGAUCCUGACCCGGAGUUACACGCUGACUUUGGUUCUUUGCGGGAAACGGGACCCGCUCUCGGCCUCACAACCUGCCGCUUUUCGGUACCCCGGGGACGCGGCCUGGAAGACUGGUGCACCUUCACGGUGCCGGAUUUUCCUGGCUCUGGGGACGGGCUGAUCCAAGGCUGCUGUUGCCGACUGAUGCGUCGUGGGAGAUGGGAGAUUGGAAGCCGACUGCGGGCCCGGAGACUUUUAACACCAUAACUCAGCGAGUUGUUUGCCAUGUCUCCCCUCUCGCAGUGAGAGGGGGACAGCUCUUUUUCCCCUUAUUCAUGAGAGAGAGCCUGUGGGAUGUGGAAUUACCGGGUGAACAAGUAGUCUUUGGGUUACUGCAAGUCUGUGCCUUUGUUGAUGCUUUGCUUGCAGGCUUGAGUGCUCGGUGGAAUGCCCCUCAACCAUCAGGCUCUUGAACCAAAGGGGGUAACCGUACGCACCUCAUCACUGAAAUGUUCCUGUGUUGCUCUUAAGGCAUUUGUUUAGCUUUAUUACACUUUCACUUUAGUAAUUCGUUUGUAAUUAUUUUCUAGUUAAAGUUAAGGUUGUUGAAAGUGUAAAGGGGGUUUCUUCUUUUUUCUUUGUCACUGUUUGUACUUGGGUUACGGUGUGUUGGCAGGAAAGGUGGCGAGUUAUUUAGUAGUCAUGAGGACAUGACUUUUAUUUGGUGGAGGGAGAGUAUAAAGGGGGUUUCUUUUUUUUCUUUGUUACUGUUGGGAAAGGGUUUCUUUGUUUUGUUAAAAGUAGGAAUGCUUCUUUGUUGUGAGAGAGUGCUGGAAGCUUGUUUGGGUUAAAAUUUACUGAUAACGAGAAUGGUAUUCCUUUGUAAACCAAAUGGGGAUUAAUGUUCUUUCUUCUGAGUCUGUAAGCUUUUGUUGGCGGGCUUUUGGGCAGAUCGGCGCGAGGGGGUCGAGAGAGAGGACGCAAUGCUGUAAGUUGGGCGAGGAUCGGACCCCAAGCGGGGGUCCGAGGCCGGGAGGUACUCCGAGGAGGGGGGAUGAAGCUAGAUGUGCUUGGUUGACCACUCGGAGGGUCCUGAGCUGCGAGUCGAGGAGUUCGGAGCGGAUCGAAUGGUGGCCAGAAGACUUCAGUAAUUGAGCUCCAACGGUUGUGCACGAAGUGGUUCGGACUUUGAUAAGUCUGGCGCCUUUUCUUUAUUUUUUUCUCUUCAUAUAUACUGUAUCGUUAUUAAUCACUUAGUUAUAGUAACCUUUAUAAAUUGUACUCAUUUAAUCGCA